UAUCAUAAGAAACAAAGAGAAAAAAAAAAAAACCUCCUUCCACCCUUCUUCAAAAAUAUUUAUCUAUUUCCUUUCAUCAUUCUGUCUACAAAACCAAACAGCAUAAUUUAAGAUCUUAAUAUUGAUUACUGAACGGUUAAACCUAAGGAUCUGCUAAUUUAUUUAAUUUAAAUAUAUUAAGGUAUUCAUUGUUAAUUUUCUAAGUGAAUUCUGUUCUGAAGACUGCAUUCGUUCGUUCAUUGUUGUAGUUUUAAGAUACAGAGUUUUCUGCAAAAAUUGGAUAUUGUGGAUUCUCUGAGGAAAAGUGUGUAGAUCGAAGGUUUGGAAUGUCAUUGUUAGUUGGAUUUUAGUGUCUAUAAUCGUUACUUGUGAAGCAGUUCUGGAUUUCUCUCUACAUCUUCAUUUCUUGGAAGGAAAUUGAAAAAUCGACUCAAUUUCUUUUGGUUGGUGAUGUGCCAGAAGAAAUUGAUAAUUAUUCACUAAUUGAGGGGGGUGAUGGAUAAGGGGUCGUCACUUAACAACCAUGGGAAUAGCAACAACAUUGGUAGCGUGAGAGAUGAUGAUAGAGACAAAAAUGGAGGGGAUGGGUCCUUGUUAUUGAGGGCUAGCUCUGAUGGCUUUAGGCAAUCAACCACGUCAGAUUUAGUGUUGCAAUGGGGGAACCGGAAGCGACUAAGGUGUAUGAAGGUUCAGGUUAAACAAGACUCUUUAAACCCGGUUCAGAGAACAACGGUUCGAGUGGAUAGAAGAGUAGUAAGAACCGAGAAAGAUACUUUAAACCGGUUCACAGCAUCCCUCACUGAAAAUAAUAAUAAUAACAACAAUAGUCAUCAUAAUAAUCAAAAUCAAAGUAACGGGUAUCCUAGUCUCCGUCAACGCCCCCCUUCUCCGCAGCAACCUCCUCCAAGGAUUCUCAGGAACACAGAGAGUUCAGGUGCGAUGAGAGGAACCCAAAUCAACGGGAGUGUAAGGGGAAUUGCCUCACCAGAGAGGGGUGCGCACGAUAAAAGAGGGACCCACCUUAAUGACAAUAAUAACAACAAGUACGCCGCGUCGUCCGAUAACGCUAUUGAUGGCAAGAAAGGUGGGUCGUCUUCAGGAAGUGGGGAUGCGACUCCGGCGGUGUGGCCACCAAAAUUUGUGAUUGCCUUGACCAACAAGGAGAAGGAAGAAGAUUUCAUGGCCAUUAAGGGCUCUAAGCUUCCUCAGAGACCUAAGAAGAGAGCCAAAUUGAUACAACGCACCCUCAAUCUCGUAAGUCCAGGCACAUGGCUAUCCGAUCUUACCUUGGAACGAUAUGAAGUUAGGGAGAAGAAAAUAACCAAAAAGAGACCAAGAGGCUUAAAAGCAAUGGGUAACAUGGAGUCGGACUCUGAAUAGAAGAAGCAAGGCAAUGAGAAAAAGGUAUAAUAGCAAUGGAGUAGAACCAAAAAAAACUCUUGCUUUAUGCUGGCUAAGGAUGUGAGAAAUGUUGGGUUAGUGUAAAGCAUGGCAUAGCGUGCAAGCAAAAUUGAAUAUAAAUUACUUGGUUUUGAUCCUGUUUUUCUCACCGCCAUGUUCAUUUUUGUUCUCGAAAAUGUCUCUCCAUAAUUGUGAAGUAUAUCGGAUCACCUAUUUUUAGCUAUAGGAUGAUGGAUGAAGCAUGGAUGCUGGAUUUACAUCUCAAUAAAAAAUUAUUAUAAAUUUUAGUUAAAAA